AUGUUGUCUCUUCAGCCACAUCAGCAUCAGUUGCAUUAUAAAGAUCUCAAACUUAAUUCAACCAAUGUUUCGAUUGCAAAUACUAUUUCUUCUUUCCUCAAUAAACUUUUAGCUGAUUAUAAUUGUGCUUCAUCAAAAGUAACAGGAAUGGAUUGG